UGCAAACCUGGACUGGGUACAAAGGUUUUAUAUAAACUUUUGUAUGAAAAGCCCACUAAGCUUCUCGUCCUUACUGGCUGCAGCAUUGUCUCCACUUUUGUAGCUCAAGCUGCCAAGAUGUGGAAACUAGUUGUUCUGUCUUAUGGAGGAAGCUCACCUGCUUUGUCAAACAGAGAAAGGUUUCCUACCUUUUUCCGAACUCACCCAUCCGCCACAUUGCACAACCCCAUCAGGGUGAAGGUUUUCGAGAAAUUUAAAUGGACAAGGAUUUCCACUAUCCAGGAAACUCAAGAACUGUUCACUUCUACUAUUGAGGACCUUGAGCAGAGAGUGAAAGAGGCUAACAUUGACAUAGCAGUGCGACAGAGCUUCCUCACAGACCCAACUAAUGCAGUGCGCAACCUCAAGAGACAAGAUGCCAGAAUAAUUGUCGGAGUCUUCUAUGAAGAUAUGGCAAGACGUGUGUUCUGCCAGGCAUAUAAAGAGCGGCUGUAUGGCAAAAAGUAUGUGUGGUUCAUUAUCGGCUGGUAUCCGGACAACUGGUACAAGAUGAAAGACGACCGCCACAACUGUACUGUGGAGCAGCUUGAAGAAGCUUUAGAGGGUCAUUUUACUACAGAGGCCAUGAUGAUCCAUCAGGAGCCCACAAUGACUGAUGUGGGUAUGACUGCACAGAACUUCACUUCCCGUCUCAACGAGAUCCUGAACACAUCAGACACAAGUCUUAUCACUGGCUAUCCUGAGGCUCCCCUUGCCUAUGAUGCUGUUUGGGCUGUUGCCCUAGCAUUCAAUAAAACUGCUGCAAAACUGGCAGAACGCAAUAUGAAGCUGGAGGAUUUUGACUACUACAAUGAGGAAAUCACAGAUGCUAUCUACUCUGCCAUGAACUCCACCAAAUUUCUCGGUAUCUCAGGAAAUGUGGCUUUCUCCUCAAAGGGAGACAGAAUUGCCUGGACUCAGAUUGAGCAGUUUAUUAAUGGUUCCUAUGUGAAGCUGGGAAUCUAUGAUGCUGUGGCAGACAGUCUUACCUGGUAUAAUAAGGAGAAGUGGCUAGGUGGGCGUCCUCCGCCAGACCACACCCGAGUCAUCGACCACCUGCGAGUUGUGUCCCGCACUUUGUACUUCUCCAUGUGUGGACUAGCCGGUGUUGGCAUCCUUGCUGGUCUUUUCUGCCUGGUCUUCAACUGGUUGCAUUUCAAUAGACAGUGUGUUGCGUUCUCCCAGCCGGCCAUCAAUAAUCUGACCGUUCUUGGCUGCAUUAUUUGCCUGGGUUGUAUUGUACUGCUGGGACUGGAUGGCAAGUUUGUCUCGGAGCAGACGUACCCUGUCAUUUGUCAGGCAAGAGCUUGGCUUCUGAGUCUGGGCUUCACCCUGAGUUAUGGUUCCAUGUUCUCUAAGAUCUGGACGGUGCACCAAAUGACUACCACUCGCAAGAAGGAGAGAACAGGUGUUCAAAUUUGGGAGCUGUUCACUGUCCUGGCCAUCCUGAUGUUACUUGACGUAGGCGUUCUUACAGCCUGGCAAGUGCUUGACCCACUUCAGCGACAGUUGGAGACGUUUGCCCGUGUGCAGCCCACCAACACAGAGGAGGAUAUAGAACUGAGACCUCAGUUAGAGCAUUGCCACUCGGAGAACCUCAAUGUCUGGCUAGGAGUCCUGUUUGGUUACAAAGGUAUUCUUCUGAUCUUCGGCAUCUUCCUGGCAUAUGAGACUCGCAGCGUGAAGCUUAAACAGGUCAACGACAGUCGCUUUGUGGGCAUGAGCAUCUACAAUGUUGUGGUUCUCUGUGUGAUCACCGCCCCCAUCUCGCUGAUCAUCGGCAACCAGGAGGAUGCAACUUUUGCUUUUGUCUCACUGGCCAUAAUCCUGUGCAGUUUUCUAUCUAUGGGACUCAUUUUUGUACCCAAAAUUAUGGAAAUCAUAAAGCACCCACAAAGAGACGGACAGGAAGUGAAGAGUCUAACGGACUCGCUGGUCAGCCGAGAGGAGGAGGAGAGACAUCAGAAGAUGUUGGGGGAAAAUGAACAACUAAAGAAACAAAUAGCUGAGAUGGAAGAUCGAAUCCGUGAGCUGAACCAAAAACUUCAGGACAGGACCCGUCAAAGGCACUCGGCCACAUCCACCACGACCACCGUCACAUCAACAGCCCCCACCAACACUGUGUCAAUGAUUGUGCCAGCGCCAGGUGGUGUGCCUGUAGGUAUCUGUAGACCAAUCAACAGCGGCCACGUGCUAGUCGUAGACCCUAUGAUCACGGAACACCCGCCUAGCGACAAAGCCAAACAUCUCAUCUUCGCUGACACUGCCGACACGGUAACAUCAGCUAGACAGUUUGCUGCGAUGACAAGCUCUCACCAGAAUCUCACAGACUGCAGUCCUGUAGUCGCUGACGCUAAUUCCGACUCGGGUCUCGCGUCGGAGACUUAUGGAAAAAAUUCCUACGGGAAAAAAGUUUCUUACCCUGAUAGUUCGGAUAUCAUUGAGACUAUGGGUUGAGGACUAAAGGUUUGCUACUUUCAUGAAAAUUUGAGAAAGUUUCAGGUUUAAGCUAUCUGGUGAGUUCAGUGUUCUGGAAUAAGUCUUGGGGGGCUCUCAUGGCCUAGAGGUUAAGGUGUUGGCCUCUCAUUCAAAGGUCCCGGGUUCGAUUCCGGGUAGCGACCAAAAAAAUUUUCUUCUCUAAAA